GCUUAUCAGUGGUUCUUUCUCUUGCUGUGUCCUAGCUAAUCUGGUAUGGAUCACAGCAACGUAUUCUCAAGGAAGUCUGGGAACCAUCAACCAAGAUGCAGGAUGUGAAUGACAUAAUUUCAAACUGUGCCUCUCCCCACUGGGGUGACCGAAAGGAAGGCCUGGUAGCUCUAAGGAUAUUUCUCCAGGGUUCCCACAUGCUCACUGGCUCCGAGCUACGGAGAGUCACAGAAAUCUUUACCAAAAUGUUUAUGGAUGCCCAAACCAAGGUGUUCACCAUGUUCCUAGACACGCUCAUGGAUCUGAUCAUGGUGCACAAGGCAGACCUUGGAGACUGGCUCUAUGUGCUCCUCACACGGCUGCUCAAUAAAUUGGGAUCAGAUCUCCUUGGAUCAGUGCAGACCAAAAUUCACAAAACCUUAGAUUUAGUGAGAGAUUCAUUCCCCUGUGAUCAACAGUUCAUUGUUAUCAUGCGGUUCUUAGUGGAUCAAACUCAAACUCCAAACUGUAAAGUGAAGGUGGCAACUCUAACUUACCUUAAGUGUUUAGUGGAUGUUAUGGAACUAGGAGACCUGACUGCCUCCCCUGACACACCUGUGGCCUUGGCAAAAAUCUUAACUUGGACAGCAGACCAGAAAUUCCUUGAGAUUAGAAGAGCAGCAUCUGCAGCCUUCAUUGCCAUGUUCAACUGUAAUAUGACAGAAUUUACAGCUCUUCUACAGCAGCUUCCUCCUGCAUGUCAAAGUACUGCAUCACAAAUAAUACAGACACAUUUGAAGAGAGUGUCCAGUCUUGAUGCUUCUCCCUCCUCCUUGCCUCCACGAACUCCUCCCAGCUCAGGGGGUACUCCAGUGCUGCAGAGUCCAAAUACUUCACUUCCUCGCUCCCACCGACCUGCAAGAUAUAAUACCAUUGAUUUUGAUGAUACUGAAAAUCUUAACCCAGAAGAAGUUUACAGAAGUUUGAAGCGCACAACAGCAGAGAUCCAGAACUAUAGUUUUGAUCUUGAAAGUUUAGAAAAGCACAGAGACUCCACAUCACAGGACUCAGGUAUUAGCCAGCUAUCUGCAGGCGGUCCUGACACCCGUAGCAAUGAUGUGGUGGAUGACAAACAUGCUGAAGACACCAAUGGCAUCCUAUCUGGCCGGUCAUCAAGUGUAUCCUCCCCUACACACCGUCAACUCUCGCUCUUGUCAGAUUCAUCCAGGAAUGGCCUGGACACUCUUACUGAUGAUGAUUUGGGUAGAGGCACAGGUGACGGUCAGGAAAGUGAUGCUGAGGUAAUGACGAGCGUUAUAGCUGAACUGAGCAACACUGAGGAGGGUCGCACGGUGGAGAAGCGGACUGCCCUCACCAAUCUCAUCCGUCUUGCCCGCACUGGCUCAACUCUAGUGUGGAACGAAAACUUCCGUGCAGUCCUGCGGCUUCUCCUAGAAAGCCUCAACUGUGGAGAUGGGGGUCAACGUGCUCUGGUGCUUGCAGUGCUCACAGAGAUGAUGCGCAGGAGUCCUCUAGUCCAUCACUUCCUUAGCUUCUCAGAGUUGAUCAUCCUGAGAGUACUUAAUGCACAUGCUGACAAGGAGAAGGAAGUCCACCGGGCUGCUGUGGUUUGUGCUGGCACCGUGGCUGAGAUUCUUCCUCCUGAAGUGGUUAUCCGUGUCCUGAAGCCCCUGAUCCAAAUGGCAGAAUACCCAGUCAACCAAGCAUCUAUCAAGAUGCUUAAUAAGCUAGUUGAAGCCCAUCAACCAUCAAUUGUAGCUGCAGCCUUACCAGAAAUUAUGCCAGGACUUAUUAAGGCUUAUGACAAUAAGGAAUCCUGUGUGCGUAAGGCUUCUGUGUUUUGCAUGGUGGCCUUACACAAUGCUGUGGGUGAGGAGGCUAUGGUGCCCCACUUGGAAGCUCUCACUGGUUCCAAGUUGAAACUCCUGAAUCUUUAUAUCAAGCGAGCAGAAACUCAGAACUCUGGAGCAUCUUCUCCGAAGUCUGAACCCCCAAUGUAAAGUGGAAGAUUGAGGUUGUGAGUAAGACAAGAAAGGGUACUCCAAGUGGCCUCAUCAUCAUGGGAUAAUCCUGUAUCUCACAUGCUUGUGUGUGUGUGUGUGUGUGUGUGUGUGUGUGUGUGUGUGUGUGUGUGUGUGUGUGUGUGUGUUUCUGUGUGUGUAAAGCAAGCAUACUGUCAGCCAUCAAAAUGGAAGAAAAAGCACAUGUGAUAUAUCCAUAUUCAGUCAUGAGAACUUUGAUUUGCUGCACAUAGAAUAUUA